CGAGUACGUGCGCGUACUCGUAUUCUUUGUGUGGCAGCGUAGAGAAGCGCCAAAAGAGUGACCAUGGCUGAUGAAAAACCAAAGGAAGCAGUCAAGACAGAAAACAACGAACAUAUAAACCUGAAGGUAGCAGGUCAGGAUGGAUCUGUAGUGCAAUUCAAGAUCAAAAGACACACGCCACUCAUCAAACUCAUGAAGGCCUACUGCGAGAGACAGGGACUGUCGAUGAGGCAAAUCAGGUUCAGAUUUGAUGGACAACCAAUAAAUGAGACAGACACACCAGCACAGUUGGAAAUGGAAGAUGAAGAUACAAUUGAUGUGUUUCAACAACAGACAGGAGGCCUGAUUUAAUCGACCACACGCGCCACCAUUUUCCUCCUCAACACCACCAACCUUCCCAGCCUGUGAUACACAGCAGCUGCUUCUUUGCAACUCGUCCUAUUGUCUCAACAGAAUUCCACUCAGAAGAAGUUGUCUUUUCUCUGCAACACAUAACUGCUGUAUAGUAUUUUCAUUCUCGCCCCUGUUACUUUUCUUUUUUUGUACAUAAACCACAUCGAGAUCAUCCUGAAUUCAGGUUUCGUUUGUUCAUGCUGUAUUGUGGUAAAUGUUAAGGACUUCCCUUCACAGUUUGAAGGGCUUGUUUCCAAGGUUGCAGACAGACAGGACUGAUGAUAGAGUGAGUGAAUUAAUAAAGCGGACUUUACUGGUCAAAUGUCAUUGGGUUUGGCUUGGUCAGUGUCCAGCAAUUCUGUUCUUAAAGUGUACUAUUUUGGGACUGGCUAUCACUUGGUAAACGGUAUGUCCCAUUUGGGAAUGGGGCUGGAUUGUCAUUUUGUCUGUCCUCUUCAGAAAAAUGUUUGAUUUUAUACAUUUUUUAUAUAGUAGCUGAUGUGUAGAGAAAUGUUUUGAUUAAUCAUUUGACUAGUCCAAGCUUCAAAUUUUGGGAAGCCUGAAGAGAUGUGUCAGUUAAAUAAACGUCUGUCAUGUCUAUUAAGAUGCCUGUUAAAAUAAAGCUAUUGUCUUUUUCCAAACUUUCA